AUGGCUGCUGCUGUGCUGCUGCUCGCCACUACUGAGAGCGGCGGACGUCGCCGCGAGAUGAUGCCCCUCCCUGCCUCCCUCCCUCCGCUAGCAACCCCCGGCGAGCACAGGCAGGUGGCCGGCGCCUCCCCGGCCGCCGCGCCCUCCGUCGGCGCACGGCGAAAGCGCUCGCGGCACGUCUCGCCUACCCGUGGGCUCGCAGCACCGAACAGCUGUUCCGUCUCAAUGGAUCCGGACGUGCAUGCAGCUGAAGCGGUCAUGGAGGACACGGAGUUCUUGCCCAGCUGCUGGGGCCAUCGGCUACGGGGUCAGGAACUGAUCGACCACUACGUCAAGGAGACGGCACGUCUGAGCGAGAAGACCAGGGUCCGCUUGGGUGCGCAAAAGGACAUCAGGUUCGGGAAGCACCCUCGCGAGUGCCUUGACCUGUACUACGGCGAUCGACAGCCGGACGAGUGUCGCUCGACGUUGCUUUUCUGGCAUGGUGGCUACUGGGUCGAAGGAGACCGGCAGUCGCACGCCCUCGUGGCCGACGCCUUCGUGGAGGCCGGGAUGGCCGUUGCCGUGGCCGGCUACCCGCUAGCACCCAGCGCCACGCUCGACCAGAUCGUCGAGUCGGCCACUCGCUGCGCCCGACACGUGCUCGCGCUCAGGCCUGGACCGCUCGUGCUGGCCGGACACUCGGCGGGAGCCCACUUGGCCGCCAUGGUCGCCACUCGGCUACACGGGGAAUCGCGCUUGCGAAGCCUUCUUCUACUGUCGCCCGUGUUGGACGUAGUGGCGCUGCUGGGGAGCUCCGUGGCACGAGACGCCGCCAUCAGUGCCGAUCAGGCGAUGCGCAACAGCCCUCUGCAGCUGGUGGACGAGCUGCCCACCCACUUGCACAUCGUGGUGACGUACAGCGAGCACGACCCUCCGUGGUUCGGGCGCACCGCUGGCGCCUACCGCGAGGCCCUGGGCCGGCGGCGCAUCUCGUGCGAGCUGCUCGAGUACGCGGACGAGGACCACUUCAGCUUCCUGCUGGGCCCGCUGCGAGACGGUGCGCACCGAGUCACCGCGAGGAUCGUCCAGGCUGCGGCGCCCUCUCCGCAGCAGUGAGGCACCGAGGUCGGCCAUCGGGGGCAAGGACGAACCGGUCCACGCCGCCAUCCUCGUCACGAACGCCGAAGAAGAAGCCCUCACGGGACCCGAUCGAGUUUAUCCGCCUCUGUUUAUUAUUGGGGAGCUCUGCGCGUACCAUAUACUUCCCGCCCGCGUCUCUCUCUCUCGUCGCUAAAUCCGUGCAGCGCGCCGGAUGCCAUAGCAGAGCCCGUGCGUGUUUGCCUCUGAAUGCAGUCUUGUCAUUUUCACGGCGAUAUAGCUUUUAUGAUGUCAAACGGAUGUCGCUAUCAGAGGCGUAGCCACAAACUCUUAUUCAAGGGGAGGGGUGGGGCGUCCACCACCAUUUGUGGUGGUGAGGUGGACCCUCCACCCCCUCCCCACCUAAGCCAGUGGUCGCUAUGCAUUCAGUUUAAUCAAUGCGCACGAGUGCCGAUACAUCAGCAGAUAAAUUAUUUUACUUCUA